AUGGGUGCCACCACUGCCAGCGCCGCCUCGCCGCCUCAGGGCAUUGAUCUGUAUUCACGGUUUGCCCUUGCCGGUGCUUUGGGCUGCUCCGUUACUCAUGGCGCAUUUACUCCCGUCGAUGUCGUCAAGACCAGAAUCCAACUGGACCCGGCCACUUACAACCGGGGCAUGAUCGGUGGUUUCCGCCAGGUCAUCCAGAACGAGGGCGCCGCUCCUCUCUUGACGGGUUUCGGCCCGACGUUUACUGGAUACUUCAUCCAGGGCGCCUUCAAGUUUGGAGGUUACGAGUUUUUCAAAAAGCAGUCCAUCGACCUGCUUGGUCUCGAGACUGCGCGCCAAAACCGUGGCCUUGUCUACUCGGUGUCGGCCGCCUCCGCCGAGUUUUUCGCGUCGAUUGCGCUCAGCCCCCUCGAGGCCACCCGCAUUCGUCUUGUUUCUACCCCAGGCUUCGCCAACGGUCUCGUCGGUGGCUUCACCAAAAUCCUCAAGAAUGAGGGUGUUGGCGCGUUCUACUCUGGAUUCGUGCCCAUCCUGUUUAAGCAGAUCCCUUACACUGUGACCAAGUUCGUUGCCUUUGAAAAGGUUUCCGAAUUCAUCUUUUCCCAGCUCGACAAGUCCAGCUUGUCGAGCGGCGGCCAAACGGCCGUGAACUUGGGCUCCGGCCUGAUCGCCGGUUUCGCCGCUGCGAUUGUUUCCCAGCCGGCCGAUACCAUGCUGUCCAAGAUCAACAAGACCAAGGGUCUGCCCGGCGAGAGCGUCGUUUCGCGCCUUGUCAAGAUUGGUGGCGAGCUUGGUGUCCGUGGCUCCUUUGCUGGUCUUCCCACUCGUCUUUUCAUGGUUGGUGGUCUCACUGCUGGGCAGUUUGCCAUCUAUGGAGAUAUCAAGAAGGCCCUUGGCGCCACCAACGGUGUUGAAAUCGCCAAAUAA